GUAGAGCCAGUCCCGAGUCGAGUUUGGUGAGAUUUAGUUGGAAGAUACUUGUAUCUGUGUAAAAUAAGAAAAAGAUUUGUCAGUGAAACAAUUUGAACAGUUGACAAGUGGUGAAAAUAAGUUUAUCAAGAAGUUAAAAUAAAGACAAUUAAAAUGGAACACCAAGUGACCGAAGCUAAUAAAAAGCCGUUUUUCUCGAGUUUCUCGAUCGAUGCGAUUCUCUCGCAUGAUCUGAAAAAUCAAGCUGUGAUCAGCUAUGAUGAACUACAGCAGUCGAUCGUGAAUUAUAAUGAGGAUCGCAGUGUUUCUGAUGGAGAUUCGAUUCGCGAUUGUGAUAGUCAGCCCCGAAUGGCGGACAGCCCGAUGAGUUCGGACAUGGAUGAUAAUAAAUCUGAGGAAGGUGAAGAUUCACAGAAGGGUUCAGAUGAAGAAGCGGAUAAAAAUUCAGCAAGUGCAGAAAAGCCCACGUACAGCUACAAUGCCUUAAUCAUGAUGGCGAUUAAAGACAGUCCUCAGCGAAGGCUGACUCUGAACGGAAUCUACAGCUACAUUAUCUCUCGUUUUCCGUACUAUAAGAAAAACAGGCAGGGCUGGCAAAAUUCAAUUCGCCACAAUUUGAGUUUGAACAAGUGCUUUGUGAAAGUAGCCCGGAAUUACGAUGACCCUGGCAAAGGAAACUACUGGAUGUUGGACCCAUGCGCAGAUGACGUUUUCAUUGGGGAAACUACCGGCAAAUUGCGGAGGAAAAAUCCGGGAUCUUCAUCGCGCUCGAAACUAGUCGCACUCAGACAUUCAAUGUAUCCAAUGAUGCAAGGAUUUCCUACCUAUAACAACUUCGCAUAUCCAACAGCAACAGCAGCAGCGGUUGCAGCUCAACAACAUCUACUUUUGGCGACCUAUGGUCGUCAUUCACCCUAUGCUCCGAAUUAUGCCCCUCAAAAUCCAUACGUGAACAACGUGAACCCCUACAUGGUCACCGGGAAUAACUUUCAACAAGGGCAAAACUUUGGAAACGGGACAGCUCCCUAUACCAGUGAUCUUUUGCAGCGCAUCCAAUAUCAACAGUUUCUUCAACGGCAAGGACGAGAAAGCUAAUUCUUGAAGCAACGCGAAAAUGAUGCAAAGAAGCAAUCAGGAAUGGAUUUCGUUAAAAAAUUCCUAUUGACGACCCUCCGUCAAGGAAGGUAUUGAACAAUUUGAUUCGACGAAUACUCUAGAAGGUGGUUAAGCUCUACACAGGAUCGUAUUCGUUCAGCGCUACUACUUCAUAUAAAAGAAAUGCUCAGUUUGUAGCUUCAGUUUCAGGAGAAAUUACCAGUGAAUGAUUUGCACGAUUUCUCUAUCGAUUGGAAAAAGAUUAGUUGCAUAAUUAGAUAUUUAUCUAUAUUCAAACAUAUGUAUACUAAUGAUUGAGAGAAUUACUCGGCUCUGUAAAUACAAACAAUAUUAAUUAGCGAAUUGCCGUGAAAUAUUGUAUAAAAAUCAGUAAAAAUGAAUCAAUCUAGCACAUCUUGUAAAUAAAGUCAUAAUCACAUCUUUGUGAAAACACCUUUCUAAAUGAUCUCGAAUUUAUUGUUUUCAAAAUGUUUAUUCAAUGUUAUGUAAUGUAUAAGUUUGAAGAAAAGAUAUUUAUUAAAAAAGACUGUCAAAACCUAAA